AGAAGCCGGAAGUGGCUCCGGUACUUCCGGUACGGGAAACUCCUUGCUGCCGCUUCGACCGGGCUUGACAGGCGGGGUCUCUGCAAGUAGGUCUCUCUCCUUUUGCCUCCCUCCCGUCUGACCUUCAAGCUCGUUUACCGCCGCCGUCCCGCCACUCUGGUCUCGGAAGCCGCCCCUUCCCCAUGUGCCGGGGCAGGAGUCCUGAAAGCCAAGACCAGCUCGCCGGCAUCCCAUCAUGUCCGAACUGACUAAAGAGCUGAUGGAGCUGGUGUGGGGCACCAACAGCAGCCCCGGUCUCUCUGACACCAUCUUCUGCCGCUGGACGCAAGGGUUUGUGUUUAGUGAAUCAGAGGGAUCUGCAUUAGAACAGUUUGAAGGUGGCCCCUGUGCUGUUAUUGCACCUGUUCAGGCAUUUCUUUUGAAGAAGCUCCUGUUUUCAUCUGAGAAGUCUUCUUGGAGGGAUUGCCCAGAGGAAGAGCGGAAGGAACUCCUUUGUCAUACCUUGUGUGAUAUUUUAGAAAGUGCUGGUUGUGACAACUCGGGAUCCUACUGCUUGGUUUCUUGGUUAAGAGGAAAAACAACUGAGGAAACCGCUAGUCUUUCUGGGAGCCCUGCACAGUCUAGUUGCCAAGUGGAACAUUCUUCUGCCUUGGCUGUCGAAGAGCUUGGCUUUGAGCGAUUUCAUGCAUUAAUUCAAAAAAGAUCAUUCAGAAGUUUAGCAGAAUUAAGAGAUGCUGUCUUGGACCAGUAUUCAAUGUGGGGAAACAAAUUUGGAGUAUUGCUUUUUCUGUAUUCUGUGUUACUGACAAAGGGCAUUGAAAACAUAAAAAAUGAAAUUGAAGAUUCGAGUGAGCCUUUGAUAGAUCCUGUGUAUGGACAUGGCAGCCAAAGUUUAAUUAACCUCCUGCUGACAGGACACGCUGUUUCUAAUGUAUGGGAUGGUGAUAGAGAAUGCUCAGGAAUGAAACUUCUUGGUAUACAUGAACAAGCUGCUGUAGGAUUCUUAACCCUCAUGGAAGCUUUAAGAUACUGUAAGGUUAACUGUGUAACCUUGAAGGCAGGCUAUAAGGUUGGCUCUUACUUGAAAUCUCCAAAAUUCCCUAUUUGGAUUGUUGGCAGUGAAACUCACCUCACCGUAUUUUUUGCCAAGGAUAUGGCUUUAGUUGCCCCUGAGGCUCCCUCAGAACAAGCCAGAAGAGUUUUUCAAACUUAUGAUCCAGAAGAUAAUGGAUUCAUACCUGACUCACUUCUAGAAGAUGUGAUGAAAGCCUUGGACCUUGUUUCAGAUCCUGAAUAUAUAAAUCUCAUGAAGAAUAAAUUAGAUCCAGAAGGAUUAGGAAUCAUAUUAUUGGGUCCAUUUCUUCAAGAAUUUUUUCCUGAUCAGGGUUCCAGUGGUCCAGAGUCUUUUACUGUCUACCACUACAAUGGAUUGAAACAGUCAAAUUACAAUGAAAAGGUAAUGUAUGUGGAAGGAACCGCAGUUGUUAUGGGGUUUGAAGACCCCCUGCUACAGACAGAUGACACGCCCAUUAAACGCUGUCUCCAAACCAAAUGGCCAUACAUUGAAUUACUCUGGACCACAGAUCGCUCUCCUUCACUAAACUGAUUCGCCUAAGUAUUUAUAAAGAAGAUUGUAAUAGCAGAUGUUGAAAAAAGGAUGCAAGACUGGCAAGUGGCCCAAUGAAGCUAUACACUGGUAUCACUGACAAACUGUAAAUAACAAUUAAAGACACAUUUUUCAGUGUUUAAGAUAUGUUUAAAUUAUUUGUUUUAAAGCUUUAUGUUAAAGGUUACCCUAUUUAAAUUCUUUAUGUGAAAUUUACUAGCAAAACAGCUUUAAUCAAAGUUCAUCACUGUUGCAGUCAGAUAAUUUGGUCAUUUGCCAAAUUACAGACAUCAUAAUAGCAUUUUUAUAUUGAGUAUCAAGGUUACUAUUUAUAGACUUCUACUUUGGGAUUUAAUUUCAUUCAGGCACCGUUUAUUGUUUAAGUGAUUCUGGCAUGCAAUGCAUCAGCCUCUACAUUGAAAUGCAAAAGAAUUUUUACCUUCAUUAUUUCUUAAAUCUGGUUUCCAUUAGAAAUAUUGAUAAAUAACAAAUUAUCAACCUGAAUCUUUGACAAUUGGCUUAGCUCUGGCAUGUGUAUAAAAAAGUAGAAACUAUAAGGGAACAUUACCAUUUAUUCACAGAUAUAUAGAGGAUGUAUUUUAAAAAAUGAUAGGAAAGAGAAUCUGUUUGAUAGUCUUAACACUGUUAACUUUCACUGUAUUGCCAACUACACAUUUCCAAAUUUGUCCCAACAGCCCUGUAAGCCAGCUUUCUUGUAUAUUUACAAAUGUGAUAAAUGCAUGAGAACAUCUGUUAUUACAUUAGUAUAUUGCAUUAUUUAUUAUGAUCCUAGUCGAUGGCCUAAAUAAACACUUUUUUUCUUUAACUUUA